AUGUUCCAGAUUUGGGCAAAUUUCUAUGUUUCCGCAGAGAUUUAUAGUCAAGGAGGGGUGGGUCUAAAAGUACGCAAGUCCUACGAAUCGCUCCCUUUCUUCACCGAUUUCCCCCCAACGAUGAACGGGUCUGCUACGACAAUGAAUGGGAAUGGGACAACCUCGACUAAGGUUUCCGUAGGAAUCAUAGGAGCCGGAGCUGCUGGGCUUAUCACCGCGCAAACGUUACUUCAGGACGGAUUCGACGUACAAGUCAUUACGAGGGAUAGAACGACUGGGGGUGUAUGGUCGGAGGAACGUCUCUAUCCCGGACUGACGAUCAACAAUGUCCACGGCGAAUAUCAUUUUCCGCCCUUACCGAUGGAACUCCCUGCCGAUAAAUGGUUGACCGGCGAAGAUCUGAAGAGAUAUAUGCAAGAUUUUACAAACACGUUCUUGCGUGGACGCGUACGUUACCAAACGGAGGUGCUCAAACUCUAUCGGGAGAAUGAUUUGUGGGUAGUGAAAGUCGAGAACUUGACCGAUGGUAGUCAUGAAAGCCUCACUUUUGACAAGAUUGUCCUCUGCACUGGGGGAUGUAGCAAGCCUCAAAUUCCGGACAUCCUUUUACCCUCCAAAGCCCGCCAACUUGGAUUUGAGGGGUUGAUUUUUCACUCUUCUAAGUUCGGAGACGAACUAGAGGGCCUUCUCAAGUCGUCCGAGGACUCCGGGCAUAUCGUUAUCGUUGGAGGAGGAAAAUCUGCUCAGGACAACGCAGCAUACCUGGCCAACGCUGGUCGAAAGGUCACCGUCGUGUACGACAGUACAGAUGCUUUCCUUGCGGCCAAAAAGCCAUUACCCGACUUCAUAAGAAGAAGCAGGUUUUUGUCAGUCAUUGCUGGACACAUCAAUCUCCGCACCUCAUUGGAACGAUUCUUACACACCACUUGGCUAGGUGGCAAGAUAACCCGAUUUAUCUGGAAGCAAAUAACGGAGAGUUCAUUCGACGCAAUGUCGAUACCCAAAGAGUCGCCUUUACGUCUUUCUCGUACUCUCUUCUGGACGAUUCGUGUGGGCGACGCUGGUCUACCUCGCCCAACCUCGUUCUUCAGUCUCGUGAACGAGAAAAAGAUUAAUGUGAUUGCUCCUGCACGGGUUACGGGCUAUGGGGCUAGUGACGGGAAAACCGUCGUAUUGAAGGUGAAUAACGGGACAGAGCUCAGGGCGAACGCUGUGAUUCUCGCCACUGGGUUCACGAGUUCUUGGAGCACACUCUUUGAUGAAAGGACUGCAGAAGACAUCGGUAUAAACAGACACCCGCCCGAUCCACCCGACCCCAACAAUCAAAGCGCUGGCGAAGAAUGGCCUUGGACCUCCCUGGCAAAUCCUCCACCAACACAUAGUCAAGCCGACCAGUGGACUUCUUCGAUUUACCGUGGAAUCGUACCGGCAAAGAACAUUGUCAAACGUGAUUUUGCCAUCAACGGAGCCGUGUUCAACACUCACAACGGAUAUGUCUACGCCGUCACGUCUCAUUGGAUCUCUUCGUAUUUCUUGGUUGAUAAGAUGUUCUUACCGGACCCCGAAGCCGCGCGUAGAGAGACUGAACGGGAGGCUAGGUUUAUAAAAAAGAGGUACCCGGACAUAUUGCUUUGGGUAAACGAGAGUUAUAGCGCUGGGUUAAAGUGCUGGACGUGGCCUCAAUAUACGGAUGAACUGCUCGAGGACAUGGGGCUGAGGAGCGAUAGAAGUGGGGGGAGCUGGUUGACUUGGCCGUUUAAGGUCGUCGAUUUGAAGGAGCUCGCUACGCUUGGAGAAGAACGGAGAGUGAGAAGGGAAGGUGUUUUAGAGAAGGCGUAG